AUGUCAGAUAACAUGCAGAUAGAUUCGCCCCCACAAGGGUCGAUUGAUGAAGGCUUGUACUCGAGACAGUUAUAUGUCUUGGGCAAAGAAGCUAUGAUAAAAAUGCAAAACGCCAACGUAUUAAUAAUCGGAUUGAGAGGAUUAGGAAUUGAAAUCGCCAAAAACGUCGCUUUGGCCGGGGUCAAGUCGUUGAGCUUGUAUGAUCCUCACCCAGUGGAAUUGAGUGAUUUGUCAACUCAGUUUUUCUUAUCGGAAUCUGAUUUGGGCAAAACGAGAGCAGAGGCAUCUUCGACGAAAUUAUCAGAGUUGAACCAAUACGUUCCGAUUUCGAUAAUCAACGACUUAUCUGAGUCGACAUUAGCGCUGUUCAAGUGUAUUGUUGCCACCGAUAUCACAUUGGAAGAGCAAGUCAGAUUGAACAACUUUACUCACCCUAAGGAUAUUGGAUUCAUCAGUGCUGACAUCAGAGGUUUAUUUGGUCAAGUGUUCGUUGACUUCGGUAAAAACUUCAGCGUUAUAGACCAAACCGGUGAAGAGCCUCUCACUGGUAUCGUGUCCGAUAUAGAUAAAGAUGGUACCGUAACCAUGUUAGAUGAUAACAGACACGGCUUGCAAGAUGGAGACUUUGUCAAGUUUUCUGAAAUCCAAGGUAUGGAAAAAUUAAAUGACGGUUCUCCACAUAAGGUUGAAGUGUUAGGUCCAUAUGCGUUUAAGAUUAAAAUGAGCGACAGCUACGGUACCUAUAUCAAGGGUGGUUUGUACCAGCAAGUUAAAGUGCCUAAAAUUCUUAACUUCGAACCUUUAUCUCAACAAUUAAAGAAUCCAGAAUAUGUCAUCUCUGACUUUGCCAAAUUUGAUAGGCCUCCACAAUACCAUUUAGGUUUCCAAGGUUUGCACGCCUUUCAAACCAGACACCAAGGAAAGUUACCAAGACCUUGUCACGAAGAAGAUGCUAACGAGUUAUUAAAGUUGGUUUCUGAAAUUGCAACCCAAAAUCCAGACAUCUUGGGUGAAGACUCUGUUAAUGAGAAAUUAAUUAAAGAACUUUCUUAUCAAGCAACUGGUGAUUUGCCAGGGAUGGUUGCCUUGUAUGGUGGGUUAAUUGCCCAAGAAGUUUUGAAGUGUUGCUCUUCUAAAUUUGGUCCUGUCAAGCAAUGGUUCUAUUUUGAUUCUUUGGAAUCUUUACCUCCUACUGACAAGUUCCCAAGAAAUGCUGAAACUUGUAAGCCAUUAGGUACAAGAUAUGAUUCACAAAUUGCCGUUUUUGGUAAGCCUUACCAAGAAACUAUUUCAAAUUUAAAGGUUUUCUUGGUGGGUUCUGGUGCUAUUGGUUGUGAAAUGUUGAAGAAUUGGGCCAUGAUGGGUUUAGGUUCGGGCCCAGAUGGUAAAAUUAUCAUCACCGAUAUGGAUUCAAUUGAAAAGUCUAAUUUGAACAGACAAUUCCUCUUUAGACCAAAGGAUGUUGGUAAGAAUAAAUCAGACGUGGCUGCUACUGCUGUUCAGGCUAUGAACCCUGACUUAAAGGGUAAAAUCGAGGCAAAAUUAGAAAAAGUUGGACAAGAUACUGAAAAUAUUUUCGAUGAUAAUUUCUGGAAUAACUUAGAUUUUGUCACUAAUGCCUUGGAUAAUGUUGAUGCUAGAACUUAUGUUGAUCGUCGUUGUAUUUUCUAUAAAAAGCCAUUAUUAGAAUCUGGAACUUUAGGUACUAAGGGUAACACUCAAGUGGUUAUUCCUAACUUGACAGAAUCUUAUUCAAGUUCUCAAGACCCUCCAGAAAAGUCAAUUCCAUUAUGUACAUUAAGGUCGUUUCCAAAUAAGAUCGAUCAUACCAUUGCUUGGGCUAAAUCCUUAUUCCAAGGUUACUUUGCUGAUUCUCCUGAAAGUGUUAAUUUAUAUUUGACGCAAUCAAACUAUGUUGAACAGACUUUGAAACAAAACCCAGAUAUCAAAGGUACCUUGGAAAACAUUUCUAAUUACUUGAAUAAGCGUCCUUAUACUUUUAAUGAUUGUAUUAAGUGGGCAAGAUUGGAAUUCGAAAAUAAAUUCAACCACGAAAUCCAGCAAUUGUUAUAUAAUUUCCCUAAAGAUGCUAAAACCUCAAAUGGUGCACCAUUUUGGUCUGGUCCUAAAAGAGCACCUGAACCUCUCCAAUUUGAUAUCAAUAACACCGAUCAUCUUAAUUUUGUUGUUGGAGGGGCAAAUCUAUUGGCCUUCAUUUACGGUUUGAAAGAGCCUAAGGCUACUUUUGAAGAUUAUAAAAACGCUUUGGAAGAAAUUGAAAUUCCUCCAUUCACCCCAAAAUCAGGCGUUACAAUCGCAGCUAACGAUGCUGAAGCUGAAGAACAGAGUAACAAAUUAUCGGGCAGUAUUGACGAUGAUGAAAUUAGAAAAAUUGCAGCUUCAUUGCCUGAACCUUCAACAUUAGCUGGUUAUAGAUUAAAUCCAAUUGAGUUUGAAAAAGAUGAUGAUACCAAUCAUCAUAUUGAAUUUAUUGCAGCAGCAUCUAAUUGUAGAGCUUUAAACUAUAACAUUGAAACUGCUGAUGCAUCUAAAACUAAAUUCAUUGCUGGUAAGAUUAUUCCUGCUAUCGCUACUACAACAGCUUUAGUCACCGGUUUAGUCUGUCUCGAAUUGUACAAAGUUGUUGGUGGUAAAACCGAUAUCGAAGAGUAUAAGAAUGGUUUUAUCAAUUUGGCAUUACCAUUUAUCGGAUUUUCGGAACCGAUUAAAUCACCUCAAGGUAAAUACAACGAUAAAACGUUCGACCAAAUUUGGGAUAGAUUUGAUAUUGAGGGAGAUAUCACUUUGCAGCAAUUGUUGGAUCACUUUGAGAAAAAUGAAGGGUUGGAAAUUUCGAUGUUGUCCUACGGUGUUUCAUUGUUAUAUGCUUCAUUCUUCCCUCCUAAAAAGGUAAAGGAUAGAUUAGCUAUGAAAUUGACUAAUCUAAUUAAAGAAGUUAGCAAAAAAGAUAUUCCAAGUCAUGUUAAGAAUUUGAUUUUUGAAGUAUGCUGUGAUGAUAAAGAAGGUGAAGAUGUGGAAGUUCCUUAUAUUUGUGUUAAAUUAUAA